GAAGCCUAAAGAUGAAUGAGUACUUAUCACUCCGCUGCUUGUUCAACAAAGUAUUUUCAAGCUAAUUUAGUUAGAAGUGUCUCAAUAUUAUGUGGCCCGAAAUCAAAGCCUCCCCACGUGGUUCCUUCUCCAUGGUCAUUGUAAUGUUCUCUUCUUCUUCUUGCUAAUGGACCCUACUUUCCCUCCCUUACCAUAGGAGAUCCUUUCGAAUCUUCUUCUUCCUCCUCCUCAUCGUCUUUAGCUAACCCCAUUUACACACAAAAAAAUCUUGUACAGUAUAAAAAGAAAGAAGAAAAUAGUGUAACAAAAGUGGGAUUUUGUGAGCUGAGUUGAAGAAAAUGAGCACUUUGAAUUCAACAUUUAUCUUAAUUGAUCUUCAGAAUUCUUGGUAUUCAGCUAAGCAAAUACCCAAUUUACCAAAUUCAUCUUUCUCUUAUUCAACUUUCACUGCGGCAUUUCGUCGAACACGUGGUGUGCGGAGUAAAUCCUCCUCGUUUAAAUCACCGGCGGUAGCGUCGAUUCAGUCACCAGAGAUACGGAGACCGAAGGAACGUUCAAGUGGGGAAACUGUGUUGUCAUUGUUUUCGAAUAAUUCGGGUUCUAAUUCGAGUUCAGGGGACGCAGUAGUGGUGUCUGAUUUGAACUUGUUCUUGGAGAUUGUGCCAUUGAGGAUGAGAAAUGAGCUGUUUUUGCAUCAAGAGAUUGGGGAGCUAGUUGAGGUGGUUAUGGAUUUAGGUAGGAAGCCGCUCGCGCGAUUUCCGUCAGGUGAUUGGAUCAUUUCUGAGCAGCCUGUGAAUCUUGAAGAUCUUAGCCAUGCCAUUUCCAAGGUGGGGGAUUUCUCAGAUGACAACCGUUCUGGUAUUGAUAGUUCCCUACAUCGUAUUAGUGCAAUUAGAAACCGUAAAAUGCAAAUCAUAGGCCUUACCUGCCGAGUAGGUCGAGCUGUAUCUGGAAGUGCUGAGAUUAUACGUGACUUGGUUGAAGAAGGUGGCUCCAUCUUGGUGAUAGGUCCACCAGGAGUUGGUAAAACUACCUUAAUCAGAGAAAUAGCCAGAAUGCUGGCAGAUGACCAGAAGAAACGAGUCGUUAUUGUUGAUACGUCUAAUGAGAUCGGAGGCGAUGGCGAUGUUCCUCAUUCAGGUAUUGGUUGUGCAAGAAGGAUGCAAGUCCCAAAUGUUAACCUGCAGCAUAAUGUAAUGAUCGAAGCAGUUGAAAACCAUAUGCCCCAGACCAUCAUAAUAGAUGAAAUAGGGACCGAGCUUGAAGCUUUAGCUGCUAGUACAAUUGCUCAGAGAGGAGUACAGCUUGUUGGGACUGCUCAUGGAACUACUAUUGAGAGUAUAAUAAAAAAUCCAUCCUUGCAGAUGCUUGUUGGCGGCAUAGAGAGUGUUACUCUUGGUGAUGAGGAAGCAAGGAAAAGGAAAGUACAGAAAACAAUUCUUGAGAGGAAAGGCCCUCCAACCUUUACAUGUGCUGUUGAGAUGAUAUCAAGAACUGAAUGUCGUGUUCACCAUAGACUAGAUUUAACAGUAGAUGCUAUAUUAGCAGGGAAAACUCCUUUGUUUGAGUUACGGAGAUUGGAGGGUGAAGCUGAAAACUUGACCGAGUCUUCUUUGUUCACUCAAGAGGACCAAGUUAAUGACUUUGAGCUAACUGAUAAAGUGGAAAAGAAAGAUAAAAUGGAGGCCGACAGGGAGUAUGUAAAAAUGAAAGAUAAAGUGGAGCCUGAUAUGGAGUAUGUAAAAAGGAACAAAGAUAAAAUGGAGGCCGACAGGGAGUAUGCAAAAACGAAAAAUAAAGUGGAGUUUGAUAUGGAGUAUGUAAAAAGGAAGGAUAAAAUAGAGUCUGAUAUGGGGUAUGUUAAAAUGAAAGGUAAAGUAGAGUCUGAUAGGGAGUAUGUAAAAGAUAAAGAUAAAGUAGAUUAUGUAACUUAUAGCAUGCAAUCCAGUAACAAAGACAAAAAGGUAAAAUUUGAGUCGGACGAGGAAGACGAUGAUCAUCCCAAUUCCAAGAAAUCGAGCACUAUUGGAUAUGCCAGAAAAAGGACCUCUCCUGUGUAUGUUUAUACAUAUAAGAUUCAAGAAGUUGAUCUAUUGCAAGUCGCAACUGUUAUGGGGCUAGAGGAAGACGUUGAAGUAACAGAUGAUAUUGGUAUUGCAGAUGCUAUUCUUGCAUCUAGUGCUGAAAUGAAGCAGAAUCCUUGGAUUCGUAGUGUUGCCAAAUUUCAUCAAGUGCCUGUCUUUGUUGUAAAGUCAAGCACCAUGGCGCAAAUGGUGAAAGCUAUCCGUAUGAUUCUUGGAAUGGAUUCUCUUCACUCAAAACAACCAUUAAAAGAUUCGUCUGAUAUUGAAAUUCAAGAUGAUGCACCAAAAAGGAGACCUACGUUGGAGGAGAUCGACGCCUUAGAGGAGGUUCGCCUUGCAAUUGAGUAUAUCGUCAUACCUGGUGGCGAGGCUGUUGAACUUCUCCCAAGGCGCUCCGAGAUAGUUGCCCAACAACUCAAGCUAGUUGAGAGUUAUCAGCUAGCUGCAGAAAAUUCAGGUACCGAAUCAAACCCAAGACUGCAAAUCCUUCCUCAGAAACUAUACAAGAAGACUUCUGCAAAGCUUUCGAUAUCUAGUUCAAGUCAGAAUAUCACAGGUUCCGACUCAUUGAUUGGGAAGAACGGAGGCACUAGUGUUGCUCGAUUGCCUUUCUUGCCUGAAUAAUUCAGAUAAGUUCCUUUGCAGCCGAUUCAACGUUGGUUGAACAUGGUAAAAGUCUAUGUACAGUGAUGUAUAUUCCAUUGUUUGGUCUAGUUCUUUUCUUUGCUGUGUUAUCAGCUCGUUUAUUCGUCGCUAAAAUUUCUUUUAAUACACUGUACAGUGAUGUAAAUCUUCCAAAGGAAUGAAUGUGGUAAAACUCAUUCCAUAAAAAUAAAAUCAACCUUGGAAGCAAAACUAGUAUAGGAGUCCCAUUAUACUGUAUUGUUCCAUUGUAUGGAAUGUUUAUUAUUGAAAGGAAUAAAAUUAUGGUUUUGUUGAUAGUUUCUGGGAA